UUUCCUUCUCAUAAAGAUCUGCAGCGAUCUUUAGACCAACAACAGGGCCAGGGUCCUCAUUGGAGUUGCCGGAGUACAUCGAUCCUCUCUCUCCACCUGUAAAUACACUGAAUAGAAUACAUUAUCCGGGUCACUGUGCCGCGCCUCCCGAUGAUUGCUAGCUCCGCCCUUGCAUGUGUCUUCGGUGCCUACGUUUCAUGUUCACCCACAGGCGACCCGUAUCUUGUGUGACAAGUUGGGUAGGAGGAGAUCUGCGUCGUCUCCACAUCCACACUCUCUAUCUUACCCUUCACGUUUAGAUGUUGAAUAAUUGAAUUCCUGUCAGAGAUCGAGUGGUUGGAGAGCGCCGGAUCGGUCGUCUGCGACUGCCAUUGCAUGCAGUUGUCUGUGACUUCUGACUGGUCUUCAGUUCAUAAACUUUGGCCCGUUUCCUGCCUCCCCUCCCCUCCCCUCCCCUUUCUUUUAUCACCUGACAUCCUGCUCCUGUUGCAUCUUUGAGGUCCUUGGCUCUCGAGAUCUCUGUUAGAUUUGCUGUUUCCCUUUCGGAAAUCUCCUGCGAGUCUUCUCGGCUUCUCUUCUUCUGCCUCUUCCUCUUUCUGGCCAUCGAAUGAGAUCGAACGACGAGUUGCUGAAAUUGUGAUAGCGCAAUCCUAACAUUUUCCUUUCCAUUUUGCUUCUUGUUUCUUUGACCUUGAGCGCUUGUUCUUCGUGAUUACUUCCCGUCUGGCCUCGGUUCAGUUCAAUUAAAGGAAGGAACCAGAGGAGUUGGUCUCGGUGACGGGUUGGUGAGGGGAGUAGCUGAGAUUGUGCGGUCGGACAGAAAAGAAGGGAAGGGUGUUCCAGCGAGGUCGCUUCCAUGGAGUGGAAUCCCAAGCUUCCUUCACGGGAUUUCGCAGAGGUGGAGCAGAACGCAGAGCUCCACAUGGCUUCCUUGGUCGCGUCCUGCGGUGGUCUAGGGAGCCGAAGUAGCGGAAGGGAUUGCUCGGUCGAUCUCAAGCUUGGUGGCUCGGGUGAUUUCAGGUCACCGGCGAGCUUGGGAAGCCAACCUACGAUGUCGAUGGCGGUAGCAUCCUCCGGCCCGUCGAAGAGAGCCCGAGCACCGGGCAAUGCCGGCCAGAUCGCGUCGUGCUCCGUCGACGGCUGCACAUCCGAUCUUAGCAACUCCAGGGAGUAUCACAGACGCCACAAGGUCUGCGAGGCGCAUUCCAAGACUCCCAUCGUGAUGGUGGGUGGUCAGGAGCAACGCUUCUGUCAGCAGUGCAGCAGGUUUCACCUACUGGUCGAGUUUGAUGAAGUAAAGCGAAGCUGUAGGAAGCGUUUAGAUGGACACAAUAGGCGCCGAAGAAAGUCCCAACCAGAAUCCAUUAAUCCUGCGAGAUUGUUUCCAAAUCAUCAAGGUCGCAAGUGCUUGGUGUAUCCUCAUGUACUUCCGGCUCCUAUACAGGAGCUCAACUGGGCUGGAAUCAUCCAACCUGAAGACAUGCUAUAUCGAAAUCACUUGCCCCUUCAUGUUGGCGAUGAACAACCUUUCUCGGGCUCCUUCUGCAGCUACAGAAAAGGGAGGCAGCUUCCUUUCAUACAAGACGACGCCACUGCCUUCGGCAUAACAACCAUGGCACAAUCUACAUGCCUGCAGCCACUCCUCAAGAACACACCACCGUCAGCAGAGAGCAGCAGCAAAAUUCUGUGUGACAGAAUACAGCAAGUCCAUUCGGAUUGUGCUCUCUCUCUUCUGUCAUCAUCGACACAAAAUCCAGGUAUCGCUCUGAGCCAAAUGCUGCCAGCUGGUAGGAUUCCUAUGCAUCAAUCUCUGCUUUCAAGUCUUCCCUACGGCAAUCUCGGUCUACAUUCGAGUUCUCAAGCUUCAAGCUAUGUUUCCCCGGCCAGUUUUUCUUGUUCAGGAGUCGAGAAUGAGCAAGUGGGUAUGGUUUUUGCUUGCGGUGCUGACACCGAUCUUCACUGUCAGAGUGUGUUUCAUGUACCGGAAGGGUCGUCCGAGGGAGUCUCUCAAACUUUUCCUUUUUGUUGGCAGUAAUUGAUCUAUGUUGAAUGCUAAUCAAAAUUCUUCCACUUGUAGCUCA